CACAGUGAAAGCAGACGACAGUUUUCGUGGUGAAAAAAUAAACAACGAAAUGUUAGAUUUCCAACGGAUAUGGCAUUGAUGAGUGGUAUACGACGAAUUGUUUGUGGAAUUUCGGGCGGAGUUGACAGUGCUGUAGCGGCAUUUCUUUUAAAGCAAUCUGGGCAUGAAGUUCACGGCUUGUACAUGAGAAAUUGGGAUGUCAGUGAUGAGGCAGGGCGAUGUACUGCAGAUCAAGAUGUUGAGGAUGCAAAGUUUGUGUGUCGUCAGCUCCAAAUUCCAUUUCAUGACGUUAAUUUUGUUAAAGAGUACUGGAAUGAUGUUUUUAGUUAUCUUAUCCAUGAGUAUGAAAAUGGUAGAACUCCAAAUCCUGAUAUCUUAUGCAACAAACAUAUCAAGUUUGAUGCAUUCCUGGAAUAUGCAUGUUCUGAAUUGAAAAGCGAUGCAAUAGCAACUGGACAUUAUGCCAGGCGAAGCAACAUGGAUGCUGAUGGAGGUGUUAAACUACUGAAAGCCGAGGACACUGUGAAGGACCAGACAUUAUUCCUGAGCCAAAUAUCACAAGAUGCUCUUCGCAAGACUUUGUUUCCAGUUGGAGGCCUGGCCAAGAGUGCUGUGAAGGCAAUAGCAGUUGAUGCUGGCUUGAAAAAAAUUGCAAGAAAGAAAGAGAGUAUGGGAAUAUGUUUCAUUGGAUCUCGGAAUUUCCACAGCUUUAUUGAAGAGUAUUUAGAGCCCAGGCCAGCCAAAUUCAUAGACAUUGAAGAUGGACGUAUUGUGGGAUUUCACAAAGGUAUACACUAUUGGACUCUUGGACAAGCAUGCCACAUACCAGGCCAGAAGCAGCGGUAUUUUGUUGCUGAUAAAAAUAUUCAGACUCACGAUAUUCUUGUGGCCCCGGGGACAAAUCACCCAGCGCUGUUCACAGAUUCCUUUAUGACAGGUGCCCCUCAUUGGAUACAUAAGGCUCCUCCUGAUCUCCAGAACCUUGGCACUGUUACCUUGGAUUUUAGGUUCCAGCACAAGCAUCCUUUGAUACCAUGUACCAUAUCAAGGAUGAGUGCACUCUGUGACUCUUUUCAUGUGACUCUGUCUCAGCCAAUGAGAGCCAUUACCCCGGGACAGUUUGCUGUAUUUUACAGUGAUGAGGAAUGUCUGGGCAGUGCACAGAUAGAAACUCUUGGGCCUUCACUCUACAGUCUUAAUUUUAAAGAUGAAGUUUUAUUACCGAAAGUAUUUUCAUAAUGAUAUAAAAAUGAAGACUUUUAAAUCAGUUUAAAUACUGAUUUUUUGUAUUUAGGCUAAAAACAUUAUGCAGCAGCAUCAAACAAAUCAAUGCCUGGCACAUAUAUUCUAUUUAUUUAUUUAUUUAUUUUUGAUUA